AUGGAGGUGUCCUUCCCCCAAUUUUCGAAGUUCCCAUACGAGCUGCAGUUGCUCAUCUGGGAGGCGGUCUUUGAUCAGCCAUCAAAGCCGAAGCGGCAGGUCAUCGAUGGACAGCUCGAGAAUUACGAUAAAACAGGGCCACUAUUCAAUCAGCACUCAUGGUACAGAGGGACACUCUACAAUCGCCUUCUCGUCUUUCCGGGAGCACAACAGGAAGCUAUUCCCCCAGCCAUGCUUUCUGUGUGCCACACCUCUCGUCAGGUAGCUCUGCGACGUUCAAAAUUCACAUGCCUUCCACUCAAUCCCCACAACAUGACUUCUGGUCCAGUAUGGUUUGACUUCCGCCACGACAUCGUUAUUUUGUCUCGCUUCAAAACACACCGCUACGGUAUUGAUGACAAUUGGAGCAAAGUCGGGAACAAAGAAGUCCUCCGCCAGAUUCGAAGACUUGCAAUCCCGUGGUCGGCGUUCCACCCAGGCCAGCAACGUUUCCUCACCCAUCUGGAACACGUUGCCCGCUGGCGCCUGCUUCUCGGGAAUAUGUGUCGACUGUUCCCCUUACUCACGGAUAUCUACCUGUUCGUCCCAGCUUUGCGGCAGAAGGCCUUGUACGAUUUCUCCUUGGAUCGUCACCCCCGCGAGCCUGCCAAGUGCAAGUCCUUGAGACCGCUUCUGAAGCCAGCCUUCAAGGAACAUAAGGACGUGAAGCUGCCGGAUUGCGACUGUCUCGAGGCGCCGUCAACUCUAGGAGAAGCUAUCGACGAGAUAUAUUAUGGCCUGAAAUUGGAAGAGCACACUGAGUAUGUUUGGCAAUGGGGAGAAGCCAUGCAUGUCCAUGGGCGAUGGUUGGUGAGGGACGGUUUGGACAUGGAAUUGCUUCGCGGAGUGCCUGGAAUCGAGGUCGAGAGUGCUUUCUGCCAGGAAAGCUCGGGAACAGACUGA